GACAAGAUGAGCCAGUACUAUUUUCCGAUCGUGUUUGUUUUUCUGCUAGAGAUUCUGCGUCUGGCACAGUCACAUCCAUUUCUUUUUAACUCGGGAAAUCAGCAGCGCCGGGCGCAGAUAGAAUGGAAAACGCCCGAGGACAACUGGACGGCCGAAGCAGCACCCAGAAGCAUCUAUCCGUUGUUGCAAAAUCAGUACAACAAACAUCAACUUCCACCGACCAACCAGUACGAGAUGAUCGAGGGUGAUGAGAACGAGCAGUCGUUAAGACGGAUGCACGAGGCGCGACAAAACGCAUCUGCUCGCACGCUGUUUUACACCACCAAGGAGGAGUCCCAUCUACCUCCGCUGCUAACAAAGACGAUCAAGUACUUCAACUUGCAGCAAGUCGCGUUCGAGCUAGAAACAAGCGUCAUGUCGCAGGUAUCCUGCACGGCUUGUAAAGCUGGAGCCGGUUUGCUGCAGCACUACAUACGCACCGGCAAGAGCAAGGAGGAGAUCAUCAAAAUGAUUUAUCAGUACUGCGUGAAUCUGAAGAUCCAGUCGGCACGCGUGUGCGAAGGUGUUAGUCAACUGUUCGGUGUGGAGGUUAUUUACGUGCUGAAGCGUAUAACGAUCGGACCGGAUGAGAUCUGUAGUUUCAUUAUUGGAGAUGCUUGCGGAGAUAUUUACAAUCCAUAUCACGAGUGGGAGGUCGAAUUUCCACCAGUUCCGAAGCCUGAUCCGCGCGAGUUAGGUUUGCCGAAGGAAGCUGCCCCAGUGUUUAAGGUGUUGCAUUUGUCCGACACUCACUUCGAUCCGUACUAUGCCGAAGGAUCCAACGCGGACUGUAAUGAACCGUUGUGCUGUCGGUUGACGAACGGACGACCGACGACUCCGAAUGGUGCCGCCGGAAAGUGGGGUGAUUAUCGGAAGUGUGACACACCGCAGAGGACGGUGGAUCACAUGCUAAACCACAUCGCGGAUACGCACUCCGAUAUCGAUUUCAUCAUCUGGACGGGAGAUCUUCCACCGCACGAUGUAUGGAACCAGACAAAGGAAGAGAACUUGAAGGUGCUGAAGGAAACCGUCAAGCAGAUGACGGAAAAGUUCCCCGGUAUUCCGAUCUUUCCGGCGUUGGGCAACCAUGAGAGUGCACCGGUCAACAGUUUUCCACCACCGUACGUUCAGCAGGUGGACAGUUCGAUUGCCUGGCUGUAUGACGAGCUAGACGUACAGUGGAGACGUUGGCUUCCGGCGAGCGUUUCACAUACGGUGCGUCGUGGAGCCUUCUACUCGGUGCUCGUGCGGCCUGGCUAUCGUAUCAUCUCACUCAACAUGAACUACUGCAACAACAAGAACUGGUGGUUGCUGCUGAACUCAACGGAUCCAGCAACCGAACUGCAGUGGUUCAUCUACGAGCUGCAGAGUGCAGAGUUUGCGGGUGAAAAGGUGCACGUGAUCGGACACAUUCCUCCCGGGCACUCCGACUGUCUGAAGGUUUGGAGCCGUAACUACUACAAGAUUGUGUCGCGUUUCGAGAGUACCAUCACGGCGCAGUUCUUUGGCCACACGCACUUUGACGAGUUUGAAGUGUUCUACGAUCCGCACGAUCUGAGUCGUGCGACCAGCAUCGCGUACAUUGGACCGUCGGUGACGCCGUACUAUGACCUCAAUCCAGGUUAUCGGAUCUACUACAUCGACGGUGAUCAUGAUGAAACUACACGGCUAGUUGUAGAUCAUGAAUCGUGGAUUAUGAAUCUGAAGGAGGCAAACCUCUACGAUUAUCCGAUCUGGUAUAAGCUGUACUCUACUCGGGCGGCCUAUGGCAUGAAGGGUUUACGUCCCGCAGACUGGGAUCAACUGAUCAACAACAUGACCGACAGCAAGGAGCUGUUCGAUCUCUACUAUAAGCACUACUGGAAAAACUCACCGGUCAAACCGGAGUGCGAUUACGAGUGCCGCAAGCGCAUAUUGUGUGAUGCGAAGAGUGCGCGAUCACACGAUCGCAAGUACUUCUGCGAGGUCGUUGAGGCGAAAAUCGACGAGAGCAACAAGGGCUGGAAAGAUUGGAUCUUCAGCUCGAUUAGCUCCUCCAGCUCUGUAGCUGAAGGUGACCAAGCUUCGUCAGCGAUCGCCAGCGAACAUGAACAAGUCGUGGCGGAAGCGUACGAACGUAACAGACGGCUGCCCAGCGUGGAGCGGGCUGCCGGGUGAUCGGAUUUCUGCUGGU